AUGAACAAAUCACUCUGUAUUUUGCAGAUGUUGACAAUGAGGAAUGGAAUAAACUUGCAUCCUCUGCGCUUACCUGGAAGUACAUUACAUCCAUUGCAACUCUCUCAGGUUCGAGGGAUUCCUCAAGAAGCAACCAAUGAUCAUCUGCUUAAUCACACCAACCAAUUCGGUUCGACCUCUAACGCACCUGAGAUGAUCAACGCCAUGCCUUCCUCAUACGCGUUGGAGCCUUCCCUCCGCAGUCACUCUGGACCUUCCCCUCUCCUUACUUCAGCGGUGCGUGGCGGAUUAACUCAUCACAGGUUGAGCAUUGGCCAUCCCAACACAAACUUAACCGGGGCACAAGCUGCGUUUAAUGGUCAAGAACAACCUGACAUAAAAGAUCGACUUAUUUCUCUAGACUUUGGGUUAUAUGCGUUCUUGUUUCUUAGGAAGCAAGCAACAAAAGCUGCCUGUCAAUGA